AUGUCGGCAAAGGCCGAUUCGAGCGAGGCAACAGCACCACCGACGUUGGCCUCGGACCACCCGUCUGCCGCUCGCGUGGCAUCCUUGCCCUCGCGCAUUGGCGGCGUCCUUUUGUCCAGCAGCGGCGGUCCGAGCUCGCGCGAUUACAAUGCCGCCCACCGUGCCAGCCUCGAAACGUCUUCUGAAGCCGCUGGCAGCGGCAGUAGAAGCAGUGCCACCAUCACAUCGCACCUCACUACCCUCUCUGCCGACGGCAGUGCUCCGGAACCAGCUUCCUCGGCGUCUUCGCCCCCGGUUUCUACGCUUUCGUCAUCCGACAGGGAUCAUCGCGAGCCCCUGUCUGCAAAAGCCUCUUCGGCGCUGCGCAAGCUGCACGGCCAUCGCCAACCCGCCGCCGCGACCGCAUCGAGCACCCAGCAGCAGCAGCAGCAGCAGCAGCGGCCCGAGGCGAACCCAUCCGAAGACAUGUUUUCUUCCGCUUCCCACUAUUUCAGCUCGGGGGGUCGGCAGCGGUCCGGCUCCGGAUCCAUCCUGGGCACGCGCAGAGGCCAUGGAGAGGCAGAGGUCACAGCCACCGUCUCUCUGUGGCAACCGGCCAUCACCAAGCACGGCUCGUCCGGCCUGUCCAAGGCACCUCUGCUCAGAGACGUCCCCAACGUCAAGCAGAGGCUGUCCAAGAGGGGCUCCUCGAGCUCCAAGGCUGACGUCGGCCCCGCAUCAGGCUUCGACCGUGCCAUUAUGCUCAAGCAGACCAGUUCCUCGUGGCUGCGCGAGAAGCCCAGCCGUACGCGUCUGUCGCUGCCGCAGUCAUCGACGUCGAGCAACGGCAGCUGGCGCAGGGCAACGGUGCUCUUCCGCGACAAUGGCGUCCUCUCCAUCUUCAACGAGGACAAUGCGCUGCUGCAUUCGAUCCAAUGCUCCAACCUCUCGGCCACCGAUAUCCGCAGCGUCGAGGAUUCCCUCUUUGGCCGGCCAAACGUGCUCGGCAUCUUUGCCCGCCCCUCGAGCUUCGUAGGCGCCCGAGCGGCUUCGCCGCCUUCCUCGUCGGUCUCGACGUCGAGCGCUUUCAGCGCCACGCCACCUUCGACCCCGAUCAGGCAGGAGCCCAUCUUCCUCCACCUGACCUCGGCGUCCAGGCUGCAGUACUGGCGCACGCUGCUCAAAAUCUUUGCCCAGCCCGAGGUCUUUGGCCCGCCCGGCUCGGCCGUGCUCGGCGGCACCCACCGACGCUUCCGACAGAUUGAGUUGACCAUUUUUGAGGCCAAGAGCAUCAUGCCCAAGUUGCCUGUCGACACGACGGGCCACCACCACUUGCAGUCGCACGACAACUUCUACCAGGAAGGCUACAACUCGGCCGGCGUGUCUCCGAGCUUGUCAAACCGCGAGCUGCCCUAUAGCCCGCAUCUCCGCAGCAGCGCGCUCGACAGGGCCAAGCCAGGACGGUCCUCUUUCGAUGCCGACACUUCGCUGCAGCAGGUCAACAGCUCGACGACCGACGACCGGAUACAACGCGGUCUUGAUCGGGGCGAAGCCGGGUCGCCAAUGGCAGGCGGUGCAUCGGGCAGGGGUACGCCCAUCCGCGAAGAGGGCGAGGCGGGUCGGAUCGACGACGAUGGAAGGCAAAGCCGAGCCGCCUCGAUCAACGAUGCUGCAUCGAUCAACGCCAGCGAAGUGAGCUCGAUCGACGACCUCGUCAGCGGGCCGGUCACUGGUCUCGCUGGAGCAAGCAGGUUCACGUCGACAGACGCGCAGCAUUCCUCUUCGCAGCCGCAGUCGUCUGCAACGCGGCAACGGAUCGGCUCGCCGCGGAUGCAACCGCCGCGCAGCUUCCGCAGUCGGGAAAAGGACCUCUUUACGGCGGCCGCCUUUGACCGCUACUGCCGCAUACUCAUGAAUGGCGAGGUGGUAGCCAGGACGCAGCCGCGCUUCAACGGUGGCGGGAGCGAUGCCGCCUACAACGUUGAGAAGUUCAAGCUGAUUGAUCUUCCCGACGUCGAGAGCUUCACCGUCGAGGUGCUCCACGCCACGCAGAAGAGCAGCAGCACCACUGGCAGCCCCACCUCGCAGGCCGGCGCCUCGCAGAAGUUUGUGCUCCUCGGCAUCGUCGAGGUGCCGAUCGACAGCCUGAGGCGGGGCGAGGAGAUCGAGGGCCGCUUCCCCAUCUGGUCCAUCGCCGCUGUCCACGGAGGCACGGGCGAGGCGGGCGACAAGUCGAUGCCCUUUCACAAGGGCAUGGUGGGCGAGCUCAAGAUGUCGAUCAAGCUGCGCGAGGAGACGAUCCUGCCACUGUCCGUCUACCGCGAGAUUGACGACCGGCUGCACGCUCCCGACGCGCCGGAGCUGAUCCAGGGCCUGGCAAAGUAUCUCAGCGAGGAGUCCGUGGUGCCACACCUGGUCGACUUCUACGCAGCCUCGGGCUCGAUCACCGAGCGCCUCGCUGCACUCGCCGACCUGGAGAGCGCAUCGUGGGGCGAGCGGGUGGAGCCCGAGAUGCUCUUCCGCGCCAACACGCUGCUCUCGCGCUCCGUCGACCACUUCCAGCGCCUGCUGGCGCUGCCGUGGUUGGACAGCUGCGUCGGCACCAUCGUCCGGGCCUUGUGCGACGACUUCCGGCCUUCUCAGAACGGCGUCGAUGGACCGGGCAUGCCGCCGAUGGCGAGCGUCGACGGCCAGUUCGACUCUGCCGCGGUCAACCGGUCGCCCGCCCUGAGCGGCUGGUCGUCGGACCUGCCUCUAACGAUCGAGGUGCUGCGCAAGCUGAGCGAAUCGCUCUGGGAGAGCAUCUACGCCCAGCGCCACCGAUGCCCGCCGGAGCUGCGCACCGUGCUGAGCGACAUCCGCGUCAAGGUCAACCGUCGCUACGCAAAGUCCAAGUCGACGCGGCCAGGCAUCCAGGGCGUGGGCGCCUUUAUCUUUCUCCGCCUCUUCUGCGCCGCCCUCAACGCGCCUCAGCUCUACGGUCUGACGCCAUGCCAGCCCAGUCGGACGUCUCAGCGCAAGCUGCUUCUCCUGUCCAAGGUGCUGCUCGCCCUCGCCAACAAGAAGAUGUCUUUCGACAAGGACAAGGAUCGCGACCUGCUGCCGCUCAACGACUUCCUCACCACCUACGGACCGGCCUUCGACGACUACAUCACCGUCGUCUCCACGGAGCCGCCCAAGCUGCAAAAGGCGCGCCUGCUCGGCAUAUCGUACGACGACGACGGCGAGCUGCAGCGGUCUGCGCAGAGGAAGCUCGACAUGAUGCCCGUGCUGCACAAGGAGUCGAUCCCGGCGCCGCCCUACAUGCUCGAUCGGCCGCUCGCGCUGGCGUCCUUUGUGGCGUUUGUCGUACGGACGGCCGAAGAGAGGCUCUACGACCUCGACGGCCGUAGCGAGGAUGACGGGACGCCGUACCGGUCCGACGCCCGAGGUCCAGAGGCCGACAUGCUCAAGCGCAAGACGUCCGAUCUCGACCGCCGUGUCGACCAGCUCAUUGACCUGUGCUGCGAAGUCGAGGCUCAUGCCGGCAGAUUUAUCGAGGCGGCCGGAUACAACCCGCAGCCGAUUCGCAGCACACGGCACAUUCUUAGCCCGCUGAGGCCGGGCGAUGUGACGAGGCUUGGGUCGGUGGUGACGACGGGCAACGCACUGCCUCCGUUCCCGCACAUCCCGUCGCCGCCCUCUGCCGACCUGACCUCGAACCUCGGCAAGGGUCGGGCGGAUCGUUCACCGCACCGAUCGCCCUCGGCGAAGCGGACGAGGAGCGCCACGAUCACCGCCUCGCCGUACCGAUCGCCCGGCCGGGCAGACGCUUCCGGGUCGCCGAGGAGAGGCAACGUGGCCCUGGAAAGCUCUGGGCGGGACCAGCCGCUGUUCGCCCCCGCUCCCGAUGGACGAGACGACGUCGGGCCGUUUUCGCCGCCCGGAUCGUCGGAGCGGAGCACCACUUCCGUCGAUCGUUACCCCUCACGCUCGGCCCAUGCUGCCUUGGCAAGAAGCAUCGCGAGGGUGAGCGAGGAGGAUCAGCCCGCCGAGGCUUCCGAGCACGAGCAGCGCCCACCGCCCCUGGUCUAUGACAGCGGACUCGAGGCAUCUCGGCAGCUCAACGCACUUGGUCGACCUCCCACCACCACCGGCAGCAAUGAUCCGCUGCUGAUGAUCGAGGAGGACGGAUCGACCUUUGAGCCUGUCUACCCGCCGGCGACUUUGCUGUCGUCUUCCACGCAGCCCGACAAGGGCGGUAUCGCAGCGGCAGGGGCAGAUGCAGAUGCAGCAUCGACCGGCUUGGCAGUCGGUCCGAGCGUCGGCGCCGGGGCAAGCGGGGCGACGCGGCGGCACAGCUCUCGCUCGGCCUCGGUGACGCCCAAGACGAGCGGGGUGAUGCUGGGUGCGGUACGGCGGCACUCUGCCGAGCUGGCCAAGAAGGGAGGGCUCGGCCUCUCUUCGGCCAUCGCGGCGGGUUUGGAGGAGCUGACGCUCGAGGAUCAGAGGUCCACCUUCCGACCCUCGACGGGCGUGCAUGACGGCGGCAUCGGAGAGGCGCCCGGAUUCGUAAGGCCCUCGACCGCUACGAGCAGCAGCACGCAGGGAGUCGGCCAUGGGUCUGCAGGUGGUGGCCCCGAGAAGAAGAAAAAGUGGUGGAGACCGGGCUAG